AUGGCACCAAUACAGGAAAGGGCCAAAAGAAGAGCUACUUUGGCCAAUGAAAACCACACUGGUGUUCCAUUUGGCCCAACACGGGACCACCCGGACACUGAUGCAGGGCCGAGCUGCAUCCCUCACAUCCCCAGGGACACUGAUGCAGGGCCGAGCUGCAUCCCUCACAUCCCCAGGGACACUGAUGCAGGGCCGAGCUGCAUCCCUCACAUCCCCAGGAACACUGAUGCAGGGCCGAGCUGCAUCCCUCACAUCCCCAGGGACCACCCAGACACUGAUGCAGGGCCGAGCUGCAUCCCUCACAUCCCCAGGGACCACCCGGACACAGAUGCAGGGCCGAGCUGCAUCCCUCACAUCCCCAGGGACCACCCGGACACUGAUGCAGGGCCGAGCUGCAUCCCUCACAUCCCCAGGGACCACUCGGACACAGAUGCAGGGCCGAGCUGCAUCCCUCACAUCCCCAGGGACCACCCAGACACAGAUGCAGGGCCGAGCUGCAUCCCUCACAUCCCCAGGGACCACCCGGACACUGAUGCAGGGCCGAGCUGCAUCCCUCACAUCCCCAGGGACCACCCGGACACUGAUGCAGGGCCGAGCUGCAUCCCUCACAUCCCCAGGGACCACCCGGACACUGAUGCAGGGCCGAGCUGGAUCCCUCACAUCCCCAGGGACACUGAUGCAGGGGACACUGAUGCAGGGCCGAGCUGGAUCCCUCACAUCCCCAGGGACACUGAUGCAGGGCCGAGCUGCAUCCCUCACAUCCCCAGGGACACUGAUGCAGGGCCGAGCUGCAUCCCUCACAUCCCCAGGGACACUGAUGCAGGGCCGAGCUGGAUCCCUCACAUCCCCAGGGACACUGAUGCAGGGCCGAGCUGCAUCCCCCACAUCCCCAGGGACACUGAUGCAGGGCCGAGCUGCAUCCCUCACAUCCCCAGGGACCACCCAGACACUGAUGCAGGGCCGAGCUGCAUCCCUCACAUCCCCAGGGACACUGAUGCAGGGCCGAGCUGGAUCCCUCACAUCCCCAGGGACACUGAUGCAGGGCCGAGCUGCAUCCCUCACAUCCCCAGGGACACUGAUGCAGGGCCGAGCUGCAUCCCUCACAUCCCUAGGGACACUGAUGCAGGGCCGAGCUGCAUCCCUCACAUCCCUAGGGACACUGAUGCAGGGCCGAGCAGCAUCCCUCACAUCCCCAGGGACCACCCAGACACUGAUGCAGGGCCUAGCUGCACAGCUAAACUGCUGACCACCAACCUUCAUGAAUCAUAA